UAGUCCUUCAUUAGCGUGGUUUGUGGUUCGCCUGGCGCCCCCCCCUUCCACCCCGGUUAACAGGUACAAUGGCCCAUAUAGCUGCUUGCAUGGUUGACAGUGAUGGCGAAAGUGGUUGCUUCAGAAGCUAUAUAGCAAAUGCCUUCUCCGCUCAAACUUCUACUGAUUCGGUAAUUAAUGACUUCACUUCUCCAGGCGCCUCAGUGAGCGACGCUAUCGAUUAUUAUUAUUUUCUUCCAACUAACCCUUAAUACCCUAUAGCUAUCAUCAGAAAGCUCUUCCGAAGAACGGAAGACAACCGCUUGGAGGAUGCAGAACUCAGAGGGACCGAAGUAUCAACUCUUUCCAAAGGAGAAACCACUUCCACCACCGAUUACUGGAAAACAGCUAGAUCCGGAGCAGGCCUUCGCGAUGGCCAUGGCACAAUCAGUAGAGAGGACGGAUAAGCCAUCCGUGACGAACGGCAUCCGGAUGCGCAUUAAGGAGCACAACUUGAUAAGGCGGCGGAAAGUUAGUGUCCCCGAUCUGGGACCUAUGACAACAGUACAGGAAGUUUCAAUGGAUUCUCCCACAAUCCCAGGCCGACCUGCUUUGCAUGAACGAUCUAUUAGCUCUCCUAUUAAUUCGUGGCGUCAACGACAUAUCGUGGAACUUUCAUCUCCUCUCAAAGAGGACUUGAGUGAGGACUCAGAAGCAUACGUCUCAAACGACAACACAAAGAAAAUUACCUCUUCCCCUUUAAAACAGCCGCUUUCCCCCAAGGACCUAGCACCCCUUACAAUACCCACCCAAAGCGGCCCAAUUCCUCGUCUAGCUCGGCAACUAUCGUUAAACAUACUCAGGCCAAAGGAAACGCAGCAAGAACCAACAUUGAAGCAUGGCUGGACCGAGGACUCGUCGAGACUGCGUACUCCCUUCACGCCUGCCUCGACCUCAGGAUCCGUUACGACCCCUAUGUCAGCGACGACCGUUAUGACGAAUUCGACCUUUCCAACCCCGAUAUCAGCGCCAACUGAAUCGCGAUUUUCUCCAAAGCCGUGGGAAAGACUGGGCGCAAUCACACCAGUAUCGGCUUCGCAGCAGAUGACUGACUCUGUAGCAAACCCGCCGAAGAUGGAAUGUGAGGUGCAACAACGAACCGGUCCGGGUCAUUCACACACACGUGGUCGAUCAGACUCGGGGAGCAUUAUGGAUCGUGGACGCCCCAGGAAGCGGACCGACGGCACACUAAUCAGUGGUGCUCCCAGGCAGCAAAGUACAUCCAAGAGGAGUGUUAGCGUCGAUACUCGAGCUUUUGAGACCUUGCCUCAAGGAUGGAAGGCCACUGAAGCAGUGGACAGUAUGGAUUCGACUGAGGUUGAUUACUUACAUAAACAAGCGCUCGGCCAAGCAAUGCGGUUUGAGGUACUAAGGAAGGAUGAUGUUGAGAGUCUUUCAAAGGAACUUCGUCACCUUGAUGAGAGAACCGAGUACCUUCGCCGGACUUAUACGUCUCUGCGUGCAGGACGUCGAAACCUUCACAGCCGCAUCUGCCAAUACUUGCGAUCUCCUCGCGUUGCCAAGUUUAGUUACGAAUCAAUGCUAAAGCAGGAGGAAACUUUGGCGGAACUUGACGCUUCUAUUGAUGACUGGGUAAGCAAACUUGAGCAAGCCGAGAACCGACGAACGCGCGUUAGACAAAAGCUUCUCGAGCACGUUGCCGCAGCUGCUACGCUUUCCAUGGUCAAAAACGCGGCCGGCGUAGGCGAUAUCCUUCAACAAGUUAUAGGUUCACAACUCCCUAGUCGACCUUCGGAUAUUUCGACACCACCACGAAGUCCUGUUAAGACUAAUACUGCUCAUUCGCCUUCUCCGUCUCCGUCGCCGUCCCCAUCUCCGUCUUCAUCUCCGUCUCCAUCAUCGUCGCCCCAACGCGUUGUUGCUAGAGUACCAUCUAUGAUACCGGAGAUGCCAGCCGAGGAAAUGGAAGAAGAUAGCACUAGCCAUAGCCAAAAGAGGUCAUCAACCGAAUCCGAGCUUCAGCGCAUAGAGAGUAUUCGCAUCUAUGCUGACAGUGAUGUCUACGCUCUUCUAGCCGACGUUGAGAGUGAAUUCACUAAGCUAAAUGGUGCCGUCGCCAGCCCUGAUCUUAUAUACGAGCACAAUUCGGAACAGCAACGUAAAGAUGUAAAUCGUGCUCACAGCCACGAAGUCCUGAACAACGGCUACUCGAAAUCUCUCAAUAAGACGCCUCCAACAUCGCCUCCUGCACCUUCGCCACCUUCCAAGAGCCCGGUCACGAAGGGAGAGGGUGAGUUUCUUCUGACUGCUACUGUAUUCCAGCCUCAGCGAAGAGCCUCACCCCAUUAAGCCUAUCGAUUCUCCCCGCUACCAUAUUUCAUCCUUUAUUCAGCCUUUGCUGGGCAUUUUACCCUUUCUUCUUUCUCUUCACUCAUGACCCCAUCACGAUCGAUGAUUCACGGCCGGCCAUAUGCAUCUAUAUACUUGUUUUAUUCUAUUUAUUUAUUUAUA